AUGGCGGAGAUGGAGGCGGCCGUCGGCGCAAACCACAUGAACGGCUCCGCGACCAAAAAGUCCACAACCGACCCCUACGAAACCAACCCCGAUCGCAUUCCCAGCGAUGACCUGUUUAUCUCCCUGAGUGCGCAAUACGGCCGCUACACACCCCGCGCCGACGAUUUCACCCCUCGCUUUAUGAACUGGUAUCGGUCUGACCCGACCGUGAACUCUUUCUGGGAGAAGGUCGCGCAGAAAUACUGUACCCCAGAAUACUCACUAAAUAUUUCAGGUUCGAGGGAGGCAUUCGCGGCUGGGAGUAUAAUUAUCCGGGUUGACCGCGAACUGGCCGACGGAGCGGCGGCUGCGAGAUACUCAUCUGCUAAUGCGAAUGAACUGUUAGCCGCGCAGAAGGCAGAGGACUCGCUCAGAGAGAUCGGAGUUGCAGUCCCAGUGGUAUAUUUUUGCGGGACGAUUGAAGGGAGGAAUGUGACAAUCGAGUCGCGCAUUGCUGGUGUCUCGCUGGAAGUUGCAUGGAGGUAUCUCGACACGGAACAGAUCGAAGUCUUCAAAAAUCAGUGUCGCCAGAUCCUCCAACGGCUCGGGACAAUCCAUUCCCCCUCAGACGAACCAUCCUAUGUAUGCCGUGAACUCAAUUCGCAAAUUCCCCCCUCUGUCGACACUCGCGAACGAGAUAUCCUAUUUACAGACAAAACCAAGGAGGAAGAACUAUCUUUGACACAUAACAACCUCAUUCCAAGCAAUAUUAUUGUCCAGGAUGAUCGGGUGGUGGGGAUUGCUGGCUGGCGACAAUGCGGAUAUUUUGGCACUGUCAGAGCCGAGAAGGUCCAUCGACUCUUCAGGGAUCUUGGGCCUGCGUCUCAAAAUGGCGUCGACACCUCCGAGAAUGGAGUGACGUGGUCUGACCUCUAUGAUAAUGCCUACGACCCCAGUAAAGGCACUCCGCUGGUCGCAAACCAAGAUACACCCCUUCCGUCAGUCAAAACCGAGCCAACAAGCUCUACCCUCGACAAAUUCCCAGCUAGCAACGACUUGGACACAAAUUCACUAGGUCUAGAUGGCACGAGCGACUACGCGACGUCCAAAACAGUGGCGAAUCUCAAGCAUGGGCUGACGUCGAGGGCGUCAUCAUCCGACCGGUCCUCCCCAGCAAAUUCCGUCAAACCAGCAAACAAAAAGCCCACGACAAACACUAGCAAAAAGGGAACUGCGAAGAAGCCAGCCGCCAAGAAGCGCAAGGUAAAUGACCCGGACGCAGACAGCCUUGAUGGGCGGCGUUCGAACACACCUGUUUCCCGGGCCAGCAAAACACCUGCCAAGAAACAAAAUUCUGUCUCGAUCGCAGGGUCACCCGCUCCCGAAGAGAAGAAAAAGCCGCAGAAGAAGAAGAAAAAAGGGCCCAAACCACCUACUGCCCAGGAGAAUGACGACUCCGACAGCUUCGAUGAAAACGCGAUCUUCUGUAUUUGCCGCCGACCUGAUAACCAUACGUGGAUGAUCGGGUGUGACGGCGACUGUGAUGACUGGUACCAUGGGAAAUGCGUCAAUAUUGAUCCUCGAGAUGCGGAUUUGAUUGAGCGGUAUAUCUGCCCAAAGUGCGCAAGCGAAGGAAAGGGAUGCACAACAUGGAAACCGAUGUGCCGUCUGAUCGAGUGCCGGAAACCAGCGCGCGCUAAGACGAAGCCCCCGAGCAAAUACUGCUGCGACGAUCACGGCCGGGAAUUCAUGCGCCAACAGAUUCAGCAUCUUAAAAAACGUACCGGUCAGGCUAAUGGUCUUUUUGAAGAUUUGGGUAGUAUGGGUGGCAUUCUUACAGCUGGGGACUUGAAAGCUGCCGUUAUGGGGGUGACAUCCACACAAGAAUUCCGAAAGCUCGGAGAUCGCAUCAUCUCCCCACCACCACAGGUAGAUGACAAAGAAACUGCUAUGGCUGUGAUCAAACCGGAUUCAAAUCCGCAGACCGGAAGAUGGUUGGGAGUCGACGUCCAUGCCAAGGGCUUGGAAUAUUCACCCGAUGAGAUUGCGAAGAUCGAAAAGCUGCGCACGCAGCGUGAGGAGCUCCUUCAUCGCAAGGAGAUGCUUGCCGCACGCACAACGUUCGUCUCUCUUCUCAAACCCCGCGCCAAGGGCGUAGUAGAGAAACUGAAACAGCACGAGCCGAAGGGCGGAUGGAAAGAUAUCUGUGGCUUUGACUCGCGGCUCUCGUGGUCCGACGAAGAAUUCGAUGAAUGGCGACUCUCCGACGCUGGAAAGAAAGCUCUCGCGGAGGGAACAGCGGAAGCUUUGGCUGUGAGCUCCUCAGCUGGCACUGAUGCAGACGGGGACACGGCGAUGAACGGCGAUGGCGACGAUGAUAUUGCAUUUUGGACGCGUGGCGUGUGCACUAAGAAGCGGUGCGAGAGACACAAGCAGUGGGUCAAAGUGCAGCAACAAGAUAUUCUCUUUGAGGAGGAAACGGCAGAGCGGGACCUCGCCAAGUGUGAGGAGGAAGCUCGGUCCGUGGUGGAGCGGGGUGUGAUGAGACGAUGGGCCGAGAAGGAUAAUCAGGCUUGA